AUGUCGAAUCCCGCCCAGCAGCAGACACAGCUUACGGAACAAACCCUAACGGAAAAGUUGCAGGAGAAAGUUCUCGAGUCGCUCAGGAACACAGCCCCGCUCCCCCCCUCCCGGAAUGCUUUCGCCUACGUUAAGUGGCGUGAAGGACAUGAAGACGCACCGCGCGAUCCGCGUUAAGCCGCGAGCCGUGGGGCUCCCGCUCACGCUGUGCGCGCUGCUGCUGGCGCGAGGCUGCUGCUACGACGGUGCGGAGGAGGAGGUCGACGACGAGCUUCUGGACAAGAAGCAACUUUCCGAACUGUACAACAAAGGCAGUUUUAUCCUGGAGAGUGUUCAGCUAAAGCGCUGCAUUAGCAUGGACCGCUCCAACCUGGUGCUGGAGAGCUGUGAGAAACCAACACGUCGCAUGCUGUGGAAGUGGGUCUCACGGCAGCGACUCUUCAACUUGGGCUGCAGCCUGUGCCUGGGCCUGAACACCAGCGAUGCACUGCAACCGCUGGGUGCCUUUGAGUGUGAUGCACCACUCCUGACCAUGUGGUGGCGGUGUGCUGGCAGCAUUCUGUUUGGGGCAUCCCAGUUCAAACUGGCCGUAACAGGGCGCUUGGUGGUGGCUAAGCGCACAGCAUACCAUCAGUGGAGGAGGUACCUCACCACUGGAGAGGGGCCCUGUGCGUAUCCCUAUGAAGAGAUCCACACAUUACUAGGUAACGCACAAGGCAUGCCAUGUGCCCUACCCUUCAAGUACAACAACAAGUGGUACCCAGAGUGUACAGCAGAAGGGCGAGAGGACCACCACCACUGGUGUGCCACUACCAGUCGAUACGACAAGGAUGAGAAGUGGGGGUUCUGUCCAAGUCCAGAGCCGGGCUGUGACACAUUUUGGGACAUGAAUCAGGAGACAAGCACUUGCUAUCAGUUCAACCUGUACACCAUAAUGACGUGGAGUCAGGCUCACACAUCCUGCAGGGCUCAAGGUGGGGAUCUCCUGAGCAUCACAGACUUGGCAGAGCAGAAGUACAUCCAAGACAGGCUGAGUGAUGUCGGGGUCACUGUGUGGAUCGGCCUUAAUCAUCUCAAUGAGAAGGCUGGCUGGCACUGGUCUGAUGGCUCUCCUUUAGUCCUGGUGAACUUCACUGAAGGUGUCUCAGCCGCAUCUCACCAAGAUCGCCAGUGUGGGGUUUACAGCUCAACCUCAGGGUAUCAGUGGCAGAGUCUCUCCUGUGAGUCUGCACUGCCCUACAUCUGUAAGAAGACCCCCAACAAUAGCAGGAAGGCAGAGCCCUUUGACAAUUGGCAGUACUACCAUACAACCUGUGCCGCUGGGUGGCACCCCCACAAUCGCUUCUGCUACCGGGUCCUGGAGGAGCCAAAGAGCUGGAUGGAUUCCUCAUCUUCAUGUCAGUCAAUGGGAGCUAACCUGACCAGUCUGCACUCCCUUUCUGAUGUAGAGCUGCUGCUUGGCCUUCUUGCUAAUCUUUCAGAUACUAAUGCUGAGGUGUGGAUCGGACUGAAAAAUAGGAUCUCAUCUGUCUUCGAGUGGGCCGAUGGCUCACCUGUGACGGUCACCUACUGGCACAAACGGCAGCCUGACCUUCGUUACAGCCACUUGCAGCUCUGUACCAAAGCCAACAAAAUUCAUGGAAACUGGCUGUUGGUGCCCUGUGAUGCAAAACUGCCAUCAGUGUGUAGAAAAGCAGGCCUCCCCAUCCAUGAAUCCAGGGAGUGGGAUGUGGGCUGCCCAGAGGAUUGGAAGCGAAGAGGUCAUUUUUGCUACAAAGUUACUAGUCAUUUACAGACCUAUGAAGAUGCUGUUAUGGGUUAUUAUUGUGGGGCUCCUCUUGUGACUGUGGAAAACAGGUUUGAACAGGCCUUUCUGAACAGCCUUAUGAGUACUGUGAGCUCUAACAUGGGUCAGUACUACUGGACCGCCCUGCAGGACCAGAACAAAACGGGAGAGUACAGCUGGCUGGCCCACAAUGGGUCUGCUCCACCUCUGCUUUACUCAAACUGGAACAGACAUCAGCCAGUUGGCGCUGGUGGCUGUGUGGCAAUGAGCAGUGGACAAUCUCUUGGCCGUUGGGAGGUUAAGGACUGCAAAUCCUACAAGGCCCUGUCAAUAUGUAAACAGAGCAUUAGUGGUUACCAGGAGAUGGAGACGUCCAACAAUCACAUUGACAAGUAUGCACCCUGCCCACCCGGGUGGCAGAGUAGCACUGGCUUGCUCCACUGUUACAAGGUGUUCCACAGUGAAAAAAUUCUGAUGAAGAGAUCAUGGGCAGAAGCAGAUUUCUUCUGCCAGGCUCUGGGGACAAAUCUUGCCAGUUUCCACCACUAUGAGGAGGAAGUCUUUGUCAGAGGGAUGUUAGGAUCAAUGUUUGACGGGACAGAAGGACGUUGGUUCUGGGUAGGUUUCACCAAGAGGAACCCUGAGUCCGCAGGUAGCUGGGAAUGGUCUGAUGGGACUCCUGUGGCUUCUUCAUUCAUAGAAGAUGAAAAUACCGAAAACGAUAAAUACAACUGUGCAUCAUACACUGAUGUAACAAAUUCACUGGUCCCUCAGUCAUGUGAUGUCAAACAUGAGUGGAUCUGUAAAAUACCAAGAGGUAUAGAGCUGAAGAAGCCUUACUGGUACACUGAACCGAGAGAACCCUGGGUGUUCUACAAAGGGGCAGAGUACUACUUUGACCAUAAUCCCUUCCCAUGGGAUGUAGUGUCUUUUGCCUGCAUGCUGAUGGGAGCUGACCUGGUCUCCAUCCACUCCUCUGGGGAACUCAGCUUCAUCAAGGAGCGGAUGAAGCUAUAUCAUGGUUCUCCCCAGUGGUGGAUUGGACUGACUGCAGACACGACAACGAGAGAGUUCAGCUGGAGUGACGAGUCCCCUGUGCAGUACCAGAACUGGCCAAAAGGGCAUUCCCACCACUCUCCAGGCCAAAACAGGCUCUGUGUCUCCAUGUCUGCGCUGUCUGGACAGUGGUCAGAGAACCAGUGUAGCAAUCAGCAUGGCUACGUGUGCAAGCGCAGGAUCGUGUCUGUGGUGGAGAUCCCCAGGGAGCCCCAUUACAUCGGACAAUGUCCGGAGAAGUGGCUGUAUUUUGGACACAAGUGUAUUUUGCUACAUUUACCAAACUGCCAAGAAGAGAGAAAGAGUUGGAGAGAUGCUCAGGGGAUCUGCUCAUCUUUCCAAGGAUCACUGGUAGCCAUCGAGAGUGAGAUUGAGCAAGCCUAUAUCACAAUGUUGCUCUCUGGGGCCACAACGGAUGUCUGGAUUGGGCUGCAGAAUGAGCACCACUGGGUCAAUGGCAAAUCCCUCACUUAUACCAACUGGUCACCCAUUCAGCCUGAGAGUACUGUGUCUGAUUACUAUGGGCCACUUGACAGUGACAGUCGAUUUUGCACCUUACUAUCCACCGACCACAACUUUAUCUUUAAUGGAAAGUGGUACAAUGACAGGUGCUCGGCGGCAGAGUAUGGGUUUGUUUGUCAGAAACCACAAGACCCAUCUAAACCCCCAUCUCAAUCCUAUUUCCACCCUCUUCCUGACAUUAUUGAGUACAAGAACCGCAGCUACAAGGUUAUCCAUGGAAACAUGAGCUGGUACGACGCGCUGAAUAGAUGCUUAGAGAAUGAGGCUGAGCUAGUGAGCAUUACAGACCCCUUCCAGCAGGCUUUCCUUACUGUCCUUGUGAAUAAACUGGCAUUCGCCCACUGGAUUGGACUGUUUAGUCAAGACAAUGGCAUCAGCUACACCUGGAUGGAUGGCAGCACUCUCCAAUUUGUGCACUGGAAUUCAGAGGAUAACGGUGACGAAGCAGUAGGGAGUUGCACAUACAUGAAUGUCAGAGGAAGCUGGCAGAAGUCAGAUUGCGAGAUUAUCCUACAGGGAGCUGUGUGCCAGGUUUUUCCCCCAAGAAGCCAUUCUGUCUCAUAUGAGGUGACUUGCCCUGAUGCCUGGGAGAAGUUUCAGAGCAGCUGCUACAGCUUUGAGCCUGUGAUUCGGAGGCUGAGCCUUGGGGAGGCGAGAGAGCAUUGCAGACAUAAAGCAAAGUCCUCUGACUUACUGAUGGUUAAGAAUGAGGAUGAGAACCAGUUUGUCCUGGAGAAACUAAAGUUGCAUGCAUUACCACACCAAACAAUCUGGCUGGCCAUUUCAUAUGACACAAAUUUGAACACUCUGACCUGGAUGGACGGCUCUGCCAUCGAAUACUCCAACUGGCACUUUAAGGCUCCGAACACGGACCUGCUUACAGCAGACACAUGCGUCUCCAUGAGGAUAUCAGACAGCAUCUGGCACCUGGCUCGCUGCAGUGACAGCCUGGGUUUUGUCUGCAAAACGAUUACAGAUACAGUCAGUGAAGUAGAGGUUCAACCAGUGAGUGGGUUGCAUCAUGGCAUCAUCCCAGCCGCUCUUGCUGUUGCCAUUUUGAUUUUCAGCUUGCUUGCAGCAUCACUGUGGUACGUGUACAGGAGGAAUGUGACACGGUUCCGAAGACUUCCAACCCUGGGGAAUGCCUAUUAUAGACAGGCCAGCUCUCAGGCUACAGACUCUGAUGGAAAUGUUCUCAUAAUGAACCUCGAAAUAAACACAGGAGAAUAAGGAUUUCUUAAAUCUACUUCUUCAGGUAAAGUGAUGCCAGCAACUGGGAGGACAUAGAGGCUGGAUGAUGAGGGUGGGAGUUGAUGCAAUUUUGAUUAUGGUCAGCCAAAGAACAUAUUCAUUGUUUACAUCUGUUCAUUUUUACAGACAGAAAAUUGAAUGAAGCUGUGUGGGGGGGUUCAUAGUUUGUUCUGUUAAGUUUACCUUUCUAUUCAAGUGAUUUUGUUCUUGCAUUUGAACUAAAGUGCUUUAAAAUAGUGAGAAUAUGCAAUGCAUAUAUGUUGAGUAUAAUGCACAAAUUCUUUCAAAACUCUUCAGCAUUAGGAAGGUGUUUUGUCCAAUAAAAAAAAUAUUUGUUUUGACCUGUCAAACAUGGACAGGAAUGAACACAAGUGUAUCCACAGCAAUCAGAGGGUUCAGUAAUGACUUGCUGUGAAUCCUCAAAACACAGGGUGGCUUUGACGCAUUUCUUUCUACUGCACCUCAAAGAGUUUGUGCUUUGGAACUGUGGUUUCCUAGGAAUUGUUUUUUAAAUGAAGGUAUUUUUUGCAGAUCUUUUUUGGUCUUGGAAUUUGGGUAAUUGUAUUUAAACUGACAAAUUCUUAUAACAUGCACAUAAUGUACAAAGAUAGCUAUAGAAGCAAAAGGUAGAUUAUGGUAAAUAUUUUAUUUUAUUAAUAUUGUACUUGUAGGACAUAUGCUGUAAAGGUUGUCAAGAUUUUUUUUCCAGCUCUCGUGUGCAGUAAGCUAUUGUGAGGUACUUAGUUGUUGCCUACAACUUAUAGUUUACGUUCAUAUAUUAAAUAUCUUUAAAACAUUUUAACACUGCUUUCACACGAAAACAGUUUGUUUUGUUGAAGGAGUUCCUGUAUAGUUAACAUAUCUGCACAGGUGAUGAAUUUCAUCAUCUGUUACACAUGUACACAGGAAAUUUUAUAUUUUGUUUUUGCCAUUUUGGUUCAAAGGUACAUUCAAACAUGAUGAAAUAAAGAUUAUUUCUUGUGUACCCAACUA